UCGAAAGAGUAAAGGAAGCAGAAGAAGAAGAACAACAAACACGCGAGAAAUUUCAGAUCUUUCUUCUCUCUCUCCGCAUCUCCUUUGCGCAACCCUUUUUGUGUAAUUCUUAGAAGAAGAAGAACCCUUUUUGAUACUUUCACUUUCUCUGGAAAAAUCUCGUAUUUUUUAUUUUUGCGUGUUUUAGAAUCUCUCUCUCUCUCUCUCUCUCUCUCUCUCUCUCUCUUAUCUUCCCUGGGAUUUGGAUUUCCGAUCAUUGAGUUUUUUUAUCGGAGAGAUCCUCUUGUCACAUUCAGGAGAGAAGAAGACAAGUGUAGUUUAAAUCUUUAAUGCUGAGAAACCGUGUUGAUGGAUUCUUCUUCCCCACUUUAGUUGCAGAUCUAGAGCUUAAUCCAGAAGAACAAACAAAAGGUAUUGAAGAAAUCGGUACCUUCGACGAAUUUAGGGAGAGAAGAUCAGACUUUGAAAUCUCUGAAGAUGAGAGACGGCGCUCCAAAAUAGGGAAUUUGAAGAAGAAGGCCAUUAAUGCUUCAACCAAGUUCACUCAUUCUUUGAAGAAAAGGGGUAAAAGGAAAAUUGACUAUCGGAUUCCAGCAGUCUCCAUUGAAGAUGUAAGGGAUGAAAAAGAGGAGAGCGUUGUGCUUGAAUUUCGACGUAAGCUCCUUCAGAGAGAUUUGUUACCUCCUAGACAUGAUGAAUACCAUACUCUUCUCAGGUUUUUGAAAGCUAGGGAUCUUAACAUUGAAAGAACCAUCCAGAUGUGGGAAGAAAUGCUAAGAUGGAGAAAAGAGUAUGGGACAGAUACCAUACUAGAGGACUUUGAUUUCGAAGAGCUUGAAGAAGUUUUGCAAUACUAUCCUCAAGGCUACCAUGGAGUUGAUAAGGAAGGACGACCUGUCUACAUUGAAAGACUUGGAAAAGCUCAUCCUUCUAAGCUUAUGCGCAUCACCACCAUAGAUAGAUAUUUAAAGUACCAUGUGCAGGAGUUUGAGAGAGCUCUCCUGGAGAAAUUUCCUGCAUGCUCAAUUGCGGCAAAGCGUAGAAUCUGUUCCACGACUACUAUAUUAGAUGUGCAAGGAUUGGGAAUUAAGAACUUUACACCAACAGCUGCAAAUCUUGUGGCUGCCAUAUCGAAGAUUGACAACAAUUACUACCCUGAGACGUUGCAUAGAAUGUACGUUGUAAAUGCUGGAACAGGUUUCAAAAAGAUGCUUUGGCCUGCUGCUCAGAAGUGUCUUGAUGCAAAGACCAUUGCAAAAAUACAUGUGCUAGAAUCCAAAUGUUUAUCUAAGUUACAUGAAGUCAUUGAUUCAAGUCAAUUGCCAGAAUUCCUUGGAGGGUCAUGCUCUUGCUUUGGUGAUGGAAGAGGUUGUCUUCGUUCUAAUAAAGGACCCUGGAAUGAUCCUGAAAUAAUGAAGCUCAUUUACCAUGGAGAAUCAUCACUCUUUGGGCAAAUCACCAGGAAGCUAAGUGAUCCACAGAAUUCUUCCUCCUACAUAAGUAUACAUCCAUCGAUGGCUAUGCAAGCUGAGACUUCAGCGGCCGAGUCGGUAUCUUGUUCUGAUGUUCCUACUUCUCCAACUGGAAGAAUGUGCUCAGCCUCUGCUCAUGUGAAUCCAGCUUAUGAGGAAUCUAGAGCAUCAGAUGCUAACGGCUAUUAUAGUUGCGAUGACAAGUUUGCCGUACCUGACAAAGCUGGUAACCGAAAAGGCCAAGAAAGGCAAUCCCAUUACCAAAUGUUCGAACUCAAUCAAACACCUCUCGGUUUAAAAUGUGAAACAUCUCCACCAGGUGCUCCCAUAGUCCGUAGGCUUCAUGGUUUAAGGGGAACAAUUGACAAGAUAAAAUGUGAGAACCUAGCGAAAAGGCUACUUUCUUUGAUGCUGAAACUAGCUGCUGUUUUCCGUUGUACUCCGUUUGAGCUUCUGAGAAGCCAGACUACAGUUAGCACUUCAAGUCCAACAGAAGAUGACAGUAGGUGCAGCCUCAUCCCAACCCCUAGACAGCCUAAAAUGAAAGACCGGAUUCUUCCAUGUUUGGAGCGUAUUCAGAAACUGGAGAAAAGUUACGACGAUAUCCGGAACAAACCCGUUGCAAUACCUGUAGGGAAGGAGAGAAUGUUGAUGGAUUCUUUAGACAGAAUUAAGUCGGUUGAGUUUGAUCUCGAUAAAACAAAGAGGCUUUUACACGCCACGGUGAUGAAACAGAUGGAGAUAACUGAAAUGCUGCAAAGUUUACGAGAUUCCCAACUUCACAGAAGAAGAAGAUUGUUCUGUUAAAAACCAUAAGGGAACAUCUGAGUUUUGCACAAAUACAAAUCUGCACAUACAGAGAGAGAGAAAGAGAGACAGAGAAGAAGAAGAUUGUUCUGUUAAAAAUCAUCUUUUUUUUUUUUAUAAAUAGGUCCCUCUGCUUCUACUUUUUAAGUUAUAAAAAGAAGAAAAAGAAGAAGAUAAGGACAGAGAAAACCACCUCUGUUGAUCGAUCAAUUCUGUCUUUGAUAAUUUUAGAUUGAGAUCAGAGUUUUAAGUACCAAACCCUUUUGUUGUAAUCUGGUGUAGUUAAGAAACUACACUAUAAGCUAAACAAAUGAGAUUUUGUAAAUCUUUUGAAGGUAUUUUGAUAAUGGAGUCUCGGAAGAAUCCAUUUGUUUAACAUGAAA